GUCGCCGAGUACAAGAUACCCAACGAUGCGGGCGAGUUCGCUAUCCGCACCUACCGCCCGGCGGCGGCAGACGACGCGACCUUCCCGGUCUUGCUGGUCGUCCACGGUGGAGGAUUCAUGAACGGCGAUCUUGAGAUGGAAGACUUCUCUAUCAAGAUACUUUGCGUCGAGCUCCAAAUUGCCGUCGUAAACGUUGACUACAGACUCGCCCCUGAGAACCCCUACCCGGCGGGUCUCAACGACGUCUACGAAGCUCUGAAAUGGACUGCGCGCAACCCGGAGAAGCUGCACGCAGACCUCCGCAAGGGCUUCCUGGUCAGCGGAAAGUCCAGCGGUGGGAACUUCGCGGCCGUCGUCGUCCACCGCGCCAAAGACGACCCGUUCUUCGCGGGCACCCCGCUGACGGGGUACAUCCUGCAAAUGCCCGCCUUGUGCCACCCGGCUGCCGUCCCAGAGAGGUCCAAGGACAAGUUCGCGUCGAUGGAGCAGUGCAAGGACGCGCCGCUCUUCACCCGCGGCGCGAUGCUGAACGCGUACGGUAUGUCCAUUCUGAAGGCUGAGCCCACGAACGUCGAGAUCUCCCCGUACCUCUACCCCUCCUUCGCUGGGCUGCCCCCGGCGUACAUGCAAGUCUGUGGCCUCGACCCGUGCCGCGACGAGGGGCUGGCGUACGCAGAGAAGCUGAAGGCGAACGGGGUCCCCACCAAGCUGGAUGUAUACCCCGGGGCGCCGCAUGCCUUCAAUGUCAUCUUCGCGCCGACCAAGAUCGCGCAGAAGUGGAAUGAGGAGUUCAGAGAGGGCGUCCGUUGGCUGCUGGGCCAGGCUGCAGCCGGGUCCAAGGCUUGA